GAAGACCGAGGGUCAGCUUCAUCAACCGCCGUUUUCGUAAAUUUGACUGUAAAACUCAUGUUGACUUUUUCGUAAGUGUUCAGAUCUUAUUGACAUUUUAAAAGUGAUAUUGAGAAGACUUUACGAUGUUCUUUUGGUUAAAGUUUAACUUAGUAAGUUGGUGUAGUCCUCAUUAAUCGAUGUACCUUCACUGACGAAGAAACUAUUCUCCGGAGAAUUUAAAUUUAUAAUUUCGGAACACUCGUUCCUCAUAGGUUUGUUUUUAUUGGACAAAAAAAUCUACUGCUCGAAGUCGUCCGCGAUGAAAGCAGUCAUUUAUUAAUUGGUCCAUAGUUUUGCACAAGGUGAUUUCGUUUGUAUUUUGUUAUUGUAACAGGACACUAAAGAUUACCAAUGAUUUCAAAAUGCAACAAUACUUGUAGGCUUUACGCCAGCAAAUUAUCCCUGGUAUUCUGGAGAGCAAGUGCUGAAACGAAGCUGUUUAAGAUGCUAAAUUUAAUCUAUAUGUAUUUAAAAUAAAUGGUCAACGUAUACCCUACCGUCGUGUCCCACUUUACGUAAAUCCCUGGUUUCGAUUUUUCCAGAAAUGAACAGUUGUCAGUUUGUAUUAGUUCUUGCUAUCGGGGUCUUCGUAAAGGUCGAGUCUGAUUUUCUAACGUUAAUCGCUGUCUCCUAAUUAAAAUAUAAGUAUUAGUUCUGAUUCACUAUUUGUUGAUGCGGUUAGUAAUACUAGCUAGCUUAACUUUCAUAAAAGCCCAAUAUUUUUUGAAUACAAGUUUAUAUCUUUUAUUUACUUUGACCAGUUCGAUUUAUUUCGUCUUCUAUUUCGAGAAAAUAAAGACGCUUUUGUUAGUUCUAACACAAGCCCGUCUGAUUCCGCCAAAUUAUUCAACUUCGGGUAUAGACUAGACGUUCACUUAUCCAACAAAAGCUGGUAUAUCAUGCGUUAGCCCUCUCUAUAGGUAUACAUUUAAUAAGUUCCAUUCGCUGCAACAGGCAUCUUUUAGACAUUACCAAUGAGCUAUAUUGGUUAACGGAAGUAUUCAAUUAGAAAGUUGUUGGCGCCACUAGGACCAAGAAGUAAUAUCAGUCCAUAAAGUUAAUUUCAGUCAUGAGCCUUGCAGGCAGUUCCAGACUUUAUGGUCCAGUUCCUUUAUUUUCAUCUAUUUUGUAUAGACACAAACAUCGGUAAAAGAAGGCACCAAAUAUACAUGCGCCACACUUCGUCAUCUGAUUUAUGUGAGGACUGGAAAACUGCUUGAGUGCCCAAACCGAAGCAGGUGGUCUUCUCAGAAGGCCACCCCCAAGCCAUUGACCUAGAAGUCUUAUCCACAAGACAGUGGAGAGAUGCAGUCCCACGGUAGCCAGUGACCAACAAUAGGUUGGUGCACCAUCUGUUCCCUCAGGAUCCUGAAGCGUAUGUGCACUAUUGGUUUGGAACCAGGGUUUUCUUGCUCUUCUAAGUGGUUCCUUUGUAUCCACCAUCUUGGUUAAAGCGUCGGACAUUCGCCUUUCGUCCUCUGAAUCUCGUAGACAAGACCCCACGACGAGAAGUGAGUGAGUAGGAUUUCCCUGAGUGUUUGUAUACAUGUGGUCAUGUGAGAGCGUUUCGAGAGGGAAAGCAGACUCUACCUACCAUCGACCAUACCAGAGCAUUUAGAGGCGUUUGGUUCCUUAAGAUUGUCAUUGGGUGUAGUUGUAAAUCUUAGAUUACGUAGAUUAAACUAGGUUGUAGAAAUGCUAACCUGUCUUUAUAUUCUGCUGCAUUCCCAUCUUAAUGUCAUUUUAUACAUCUUACUUUCUACUUACUCCCUUUCACUACCAUCGAUAUUGUAUUACUUCCAAGGUUUGGCGUGGUUAUAUCAAACAAAGCUAACAAUCAAUGGAUCGUUUACGAUAAUAAAAUAAUUUGUUUGUAAUAUCCCAACGGGUAGAAAACAGAACUUAUGUGGUUUAGGAGCUUAGUGUAUUUCUUUUAAAGAAGCUGAUCAUCUGCGCAUCAUUCAUUUGAUUGUACCAUCGGUUUACUCCCUACAUCCAGUGGAGUUUUAGUCCGAUAGCUGACAAUUCCCAUCUACAAUUUUCAUAAAUCCUACUUUGUAUUUGUCUACCUGAUUCCGUCCGCAUUACUUCUAAAUUUCUUGCAGAAUGUUAGUGAGUCGAUAAAUGGGAAAGAAAAAGAUCAGCAACACACAGCCCUCGUGUGAUUUUUGUUUCAGUAAACAUGGUUUGGAGGAUCUGGAAUCAUUAUAUCCCACACUCAUAAAAGUUGCCGGAUGUAAUGAAUUGCCCUUACUGGAUUUAUCUUCAAUCCAAAUGGAUUUGGAGCAAAUUCUGGCUAGCGUAGUAGAGCGUGUUAUUUGCCUAAAAGCUGAGUCCAAAGGGAAGGGUUUACCUGUUAAUAUCAUUUCUUCACUAAAAUAUCAAAAAGGAAGUUGUGAGCCUGAAUCUAAUCAACAAUGUCUCUCGAAAUCUUCGUUGGUUGUUAAAGCUAAUCCUGACAAACCACUUACUUUAAUAAUAUCUCAGCGCUCAGGUCCUUGUCCGAAUUCUCAAUCAAUACUACCUGCUAUUUCUAGUGGACUUAGCAAGGCCAAACCUUCGGUGAGUGCAUUCGGCCUGCGACGGUCCAGCAGGUCGUCCGUUGAAGAAGCACCUGAGGCAAAUUCCCCCACAUCUGACAAGAAUCAGUUAUCUGCAAGUUAUGCUAUUCCGAAUAAAUUCUGGGAAUUAAUGGAACCAUAUUGUGCUGAAAUAACGGAGGCGAAUGUCAGUUACUUAGAAAGCCUUAUCCGAUCAUAUCAGCAUUUGGAAUCAAUUUACUUUCAUUUGCCUGUACUCAAACAAAGUGAAUCGUGUAAAAAUGAAACCAGCGAAGCACCAGCUUGCAAAAGACUUAGACGUGGUUCUUCUCAAAUUUUUCAACAGGCCACUACAGACGAAUCAUUGUGUUCAUUGAAUAACUGUAAUUCGUCCAUGUCCUCAUCUCAAUUGCUCAAUGUAACCAAAUACUUGGAAACAGAGCUCAAAAAACCAGUCCCUGAAUCUUCCAUGUUAAGUAAAAUAUCUCAAUCCCUUUUGGAAUCUUGUUAUCAAGACGAUAUACUGUCAAAUUUUAGUGGAAAAUUAAAUUUUACAACAAAUCAAGUAAAAGAUAAUGAAGUUGAAGAUAAUCAAUCAGGAUGUACUGAUCCUAGUAGUUCCGAUUAUGGGACUACAUCAUCUGAAGCUCUCCAUGUCAACAGAUACAACAAUAACACCAAUUCGUCAAACACAUUGAUAAAUUCACAAGUGACGAAUUAUCCGUCAUCAGGAUCUACGAUAACAAAUCACAAUUUCUUAAUCGAUCCACACUUGCUUACUUCACGCGCUAGUGAACCACUUAAAAGUAUAGCUAAACAACUACGUGUCAGUUCAUCAUAUCGAGUAGAAAAAAAGAUUGCACAGGCGAUUGAUGAACUGGGCUUGUUUCCCCUUAGUGUUUUACAUCCAAAAGUUUCACCUUUGGUUGAAUCUAAAGAAGAUUGCAAUCCUCACAAUCUAUCUUCCGGCGCAGUAUGUCAUGAUACUGUUUCUCAUUCAACAAAGUUAAUUAUCCGAAAAAAUAAAAUUACUUCAUCAAAUUCAGUGAAAUCAAGUCCAUUGAAACAUUCAGAUGAAGUUCAAGAUACUCUUGAGAAAAAUCAUGUUUUCAAAAAACGUCGAGUGAAUAACGACAAAUCAUUAUCUCCUUUACCUGAACAUCACAAAAAUACAUCAUGUGAACCAAAUCCAACAGAUAUUGAACAUUCCACGGAAUUAUCAUUGUUACCUGUGAAAAUAGAAAAUAUCAAUCCGAUUAUCGAUAACAAUAAUGAUAAUAAUAAUAAUAAUAAUGGCCGAAUUAAAUCUACAUGUUAUUUAAAAAAAUUAAAACGAAAGAAUUUAAAAAUGUCAAAAUCGUUAUGUUAUAAAAAUAAAUUACGAAACACUGUGAAUAGCAAUAGUACACAUAAUGAAAUUCUGUACAAUGGAAUAACUCCUAGUUUGGAUGAUUCAAUUGAAUCAAACAAAUCGGAUUGCAUUCCUAACUCUCAUCCUGAUCCAAAUCUUCCUACCAUCGACACUGAAUAUUUCAGUGACCUAGAUAAUCCUCCAGGAAAACACGAUCCACAUAUUAAUGUCAGUCCACGCAGUCGUAAUGGUUUCACUACUCAACUGUCGACGGAAAAUGAAAAGCGACCAAUUGAUCCAACAAGUCCUAAACAAAUCCAACAUUCUCUAAGGCAUAAUCGUUUUUCACCGAACAAUUUAUCUGGAUCUCAUUGUAAUACGGACAGUAAUCCUCUAUAUGGGUCGUUAGAAAAUCAUGAACCAGUUCUUGUAAAUGGUGAUUUAUCACUAUCUGAAUUUCACAGUGAAAAAUUGACGGAAAAUGAUAGAUUAGGUGAUAAACCGAAUUCGAAUUGUAAUACUUUUGAGGGGGAUUGUGAAACAGCUCAGGUAUUAGAUUCCAACUUACACAGUUCCUUGAACCAAAAUAAUGAACAAUUUACUUCUCCACUUCAAAAUGGUCAACUCAAAUUCAAAAUAGAUACCAACUGGACAGAAAGGACAAAUAAAACAAAUGAUUUAACAGGGAAAUGUAGUCAUGAAGCUUCUCCUAUAAUCCAGCAUAACGAUUCAAAGUCACCAGACUGUGGUAUCAACACAGUGAUUCAAAAUCAUAUGUUCUUUAGUCAAGAUACUCCAUCAACAGCAACUACACAGUAUGGAUCUGGUGCUGUUGAUGAUAUUGGCUGGGCUAUUGUUCAACGUCAACGGGAGUUGAGAUUGUUAUGCACGGCAAACCAUCGAAUGCUUCGACGACUCGUACAGGCAGCUAGAAGAGAUAUGCAACGCCAAGAAAUACAAAGGCGUCUAGCGAUUGCAGACGCUGAUGUUAUUGAAGCUUAUAAUAAACUAGAAAGUUAUCGUCCACAUCGUAAACCUCCAUUGAAACGUGAUCGUGAUAUAUCAUGGAAAGCAUUGAAAGAACGUCGUAAAAUACUCAAAGAAUUAGAAGCUUUUGAUGCUAAAUCUCCUUAAAAUUGUGAUGAUCAAAUUAAUUCAACCUAUAAUAGUUUAAAUCCACUUUGUACAUAAUUUAAACUCUAUGUUCAUUCUUUAUUGUUUCUUAAAAAUAGAAAUAUUAUUAAUUGUAAUAUAUUUUAUUGCUUAUCCUAUCAUAUAGUAAUUGGGAAAAUGUGUUUUUUUUCCUUUAAUGUUAUGUAGAAUCUCACAUCAAUAUUAAUAAAUAGUUUUGUAUACUUUAAAACAAUUUGUUUUCUGUUCUUGUUUAUUUUCUGCUUGGUUUCCACUUUUUCCAAUCAAUGCUUUAUAUAAUUUUCUCAUUGGUUUUUUGUAUUCUUUAUGUAUGUAUGUAUGUAUCUAUUUUUUUACUCUUAUGUAAGUUUUUUUGUUCUUCUUGUUGUACAUAAAUUUAUCGGGUUUCUAUUCAGUUCGUUUUUUCUACAAUUAACUAACUGUAUACCAUGAUGCUCAGCAUUUUGUUCGAUAUCGUUUUAUGAGUUCAUUGUUUUCUUUAAUGAAACAACAGUCUUUCUACAACCUUUACUAUAUAUAUAAUGAUUAUUACUACUACCACAUUUGUUUAAUGUAUUCAUUUAUUAUAAGCAGUAGAUUUCAAAUAUACUAUCUACUGACUA